UCUCAACGAACGAAAACGGAGAACUCCUUGCUUGAAUCAAACUCUUCUCGUUUAAUUGGCGCAAUCCCUCCCUUGUCUCGUAAGCUUUUUACGAACUCAACCGCUUUUCUCUCCGCUCAUCAAUCUAGCCCCAUUUUCUUCUUCUUUCCACAAACCGUCUCUAUUUCAAUUCCUCUCAGAUCUCCAACCGCACAAACACAGUCUUCUUUCUUCUCCUUUUCUUUUCAAAUACAUUCUCUUCCAUGGCUACUAGAUUCUUCGCCUGCGCUCUUCUAGCCUUACUUUCUCUACAAGUUGCGCUCUCUGCAACUCCAUCCGAAUCCGAAUCGUCACCGAGUCCAUCUCCUGAACUACCUGCCGAUUCACCGUUUCUUUCUGUUCCUUCUCCUUCUCCUUCUCCUUCCCCGGACGCUGGAUCUCCGUUUGUGGCUCCCGUGGAUUCACCAGUGGUUUCGCCACCAGCGCCUCCUCCUUCAGAUCUGCUCGGUCCUGGCGCUUCUCCCUCUUCCGCUCCCGCUCACUCGCCUGACAACUCUGGAGUUCCUGCGCCGGCUCCUAUGGAACCGAGUGAUAUAAAUCAUAGCAACAAUGUAGAAGCAGGCGGUGAUCAGGCUAAGGAAGAUUCUGGAAUGAGCGGCGGAAAGAAGGCGGGGAUUGCGCUUGGAGUGAUUUUGGCGCUGUGUGUGGUUGUAGUGGGUGGAUUGGUUUAUAAGAAGAGACAGGAUAAUAUCAGAAGGUCUCGGUAUGGUUACGCGGCCAGGGGAGAGCUUCUGUAAAGAAAAGAGGUUAUAAACUUUAAAACUUGUUAUUAUUAUUAUCAUCGCUGCUAGAUUUUAUUAUUCAUUUCGAAGGUAUACAAUUGAUUUGAGUGGAGAGGAUCGUUGAUUUCUUUUAUUCAUUGUUCAUUGCACGCAUAGUAUAAUUUUCUUGUUUCCUUAUCCUCCUUUAUGUGAUAGUUAUUGUAGUGGAUAUUAGUCAGUAAUAAUAAUGCAUGAUUAGUGAGUAGUUAAUGUUCAA